AUGGUCGUUAUUCGUGAGUGUCAUACUUUGGGUAGAGUAGUGGUCCCUACAACUGAGUUAGAGCAUCAUCGAUUAUGGGACGAGUACGUUAAUACUUUUAGGUCUAUGUUUGGGAAAACUGAUUGGGGUUUUAUAAAUGGGGAACUGUAUGGUGACUUCGUCGACCUUACACUGUCUAGUGACACUGACUCAGUGUCUUCGUCCUCAAAGCCAUAUGUUCAAGGCGAAAAGCUUUGUAUGUACCGGCCUUCGGGGUCGUCUGAUGAAUACUUCUAUUUUUAUGAGGAUGUGAUGGAGAUCCUCUGGGCCUAUUCCUCAAAUUUUAAGAAUAACAAGGAUAAGUUUAUGAAGGUACGUGGCGGGGAACAAUGUCCUUUGGUGCUGUAUAAUGACGAGGGUCCUAUCAUUAUCCAAUUUGGUGGAUCCAAGAGCCCUUCUCUAUUGGUGGUUAUGACCCUAGCCAAAGCACAUAGUGGAGAAGGGAACGAUGUGGGUAAGAGUGGUCCGUAUGGGAUCUUGAUUUGCUCCCAAAAGAAGAAAGAGAAUGGUGUUGAAGAAGUGAUUACUCAGAGGGGGCCUAUUUCGGUUGAAGCUCUGUCUCAUCCUCCUCCGUCUAAGAAGAAGAAUGUGGCCCAUGGAAAACCGGCCGUCGAGUCCUCCAAGUUGGGUGGGGGUGAUGAACUUGAGUGUUUCUUAGGUGGGUCCUCCAUGGUUAUGGUGGCAGGAGGUCUCCCACCCCAGUCUUCACCAUUCAACUUCUAG